AGUUCAAAAAUGAGCGGAUUAGCACCAGAUGGACUGCCCAAAGGAAAUCGAGUUUGGGCUGAUGGAUGUUAUGACAUGGUGCAUUUCGGCCAUGCAAAUCAAUUACGGCAGGCUAAGCAGUUUGGACAGAAGUUAAUUGUUGGAGUACAUAAUGAUGAAGAGAUUCGACUACAUAAAGGACCUCCAGUAUUCAAUGAACAAGAGCGAUAUCGAAUGGUUGCCGGCAUUAAAUGGGUCGAUGAAGUUGUGGAAAAUGCGCCAUACGCCACAACAGUCGAAACUCUGGACAAGUAUGAUUGUGAUUUUUGUGUUCACGGAGACGACAUAACUCUAACCGCCGACGGAAAAGACACGUAUCAAGAGGUGAAGGAUCACCAACGAUACAGAGAAUGUAAGCGAACGUGUGGUGUCUCUACAACUGAUUUAGUUGGCCGAAUGCUUCUGCUCACCAAGAACCAUCACACACAGGAUGAGCACAUCGAGCAACACGUCGAACGAGCUCGUUCGCUGAGCACGGCUAUUCUGGAGUACAGCAAGCGUAUGCAGUCUAAAAAACGGCGUCUGAAUAGGCUUAUAGCGGACAACGUUGCAAUGUCCCCCUGGACACGUGUCUCGCGCUUCAUCCCAACAACGACAACGAUUCUCGAGUUUGCCGAAGGAAGACCGCCAAAACCGACGGACAAGGUUGUCUACGUGACCGGAUCGUUUGAUUUGUUCCAUAUUGGACAUCUGGCGUUCCUGGAAAAAGCCAAAGAGUUUGGAGAUUACCUGAUUGUGGGAAUUUUAUCGGAUCAGACUGUCAAUCAAUACAAGGGAAGCAAUCACCCCAUAAUGUCGAUUCACGAGCGUGUACUAUCCGUUCUGGCCUAUAAGCCAGUGAAUGAAGUUGUGUUCGGUGCUCCAUAUGAGAUUACUUCUGACAUUUUGGAUCAGUUUAAUGUUCAGGCAGUUAUCAACGGAUUCCGUGACAACAACUCCUCAGUCGUCAACUCAUCGCUUGCAUCGAUCGACCCGUUCGCAGAAGCCAAACGUCGUGGAAUCUACCAUGAAGUGGACUCGGGAAGUGAUAUGACCACCGAUUUGAUUAUCGAUCGAAUCAUCCAUCACCGUCUCGAGUAUGAGACACGAAAUAAGAAGAAGGAGAAGAAAGAAGCUGAUGUGGCAAAAGCCAUGAACUUGAUUUAAAUAUUUCUUUAUUUUUUUAAGCAUUUAAUGCCUAUUAAUGCCUAUUAAUCAAUGCUUUUCAAUUCAAUUCUAGUCGACCUAAUAUUUCCAUUUUUUUUCUCUCCCACUUGCCACUUACACUUUAAUUCCUUUAUUUAAAUAUAUCAUCAGUUUUUCUUUUAUUGUACAUAAAUUAUAUAAUAUCACAAAU